GUUUCCCCUUGGAAGGGCUUGGACCCUGGUGUUGCUGUGGCUGCCAAGAUCUGUCAGGAGCAGCUGGAAGCCAGAGCAGAGGCUCUGUCCGUGAGUCACUGUGUUCUCUUGGUUGUGUUAAGUGAAAACACAGUUUUAGGUGUGAUGAUACAUGAGGUAAGUCAGAUUCUUGCUGGGUAUUUUUUAGCUUCAUUUUUUGUACUUUUUAUCUUGUUCUUUGGGUCAACCAUGUUCCACCACCAUUCAUUUCAGUGGUCACAGGAGUGCUUACCUGGGAGUGGACACUCAGCUGAAGGAGCUGAGGAUGCCAGGGUGAAACCCCCUGUUUUGUCUCCCUCCAGUGUGCCUGAUUUGCUCCAUUUCAGGAAAGAAGCUGCUCCAUCCUCAGAUGUUUCUUAUUUCCUUUGAAGACUUCUCUGAAGCUGCAGCACGUGGGCUUUAACAGUGGGCUGUUUAAGUCAGUCAGUAGUUUAAAGGACAGAGUUAUUGCAGCUGUCCUAAGAAAGAGGGUGUCAGGUUUCUCCUCUGGAAACAAAAGCACAGCCUGGUCCACCUGUUUCUCAGGGGAAUGCUCUGCUCAUGUAAAUGGCAUGUAGCAAAAAAAGGCAUUGCUCAGCUAAUUGCUCACAAACAGGCAAAAUCAGAAGUAAGGAAUGUCUUUUUCAGUGUUAGGUAAUAGAUGGAAUAUUUAGUUGAUGUUCGAAGUAACAAAUUUACUUGGGUUGUUCCAAGUAAAAAGAUGAUUGGAAGUUUUCAUCUCUGAGGAAAAAAGACUAUACUGCUGCAUCAAAAUAAUUGAUAACUGGGCAUAAAUAUGAGUAUUUUUUGUUCUUUUUUCUUCGCCUUUCAUUCUCUGGUUGGUUGUUUUUUUGAGACUUGGAUUGUGUUUCCACCCCUUCCCGCAUCAGUCACCUCUGUUAGAGGUUUAAAUCUUCCAACUGGUUUUUUUGGGUCCACCACACAAGGAAAGGAAAGAUUUACAGAAACCUGUGAAGUUAGGAAACCAUGCAUUUUAGGAAAGAAGUUAUGAGAACUGACUGCAUGGUGUGAUCCUGACACAUUAUUUUCCUGAAGUUGAUGUGACUGGUUUCCAUUUUUGGGGGGGCUUUUUUUUCCCCCACUAGAGCACUGUUAUGAAAUGACCCUGACCCAUUGUUGUGUGGCACUCUAUAUUGCAGUUUAGGAAAUGGUAAAAAUAAUUCUGAAGUAGCAAUUAUUGCAAAUAAAAUAGUUCUUAAGAUUUGGUUAUAUUACCUUUAGCAAAUAAAUGUCAAUCAAAGCUGUAGUUGGUGAACUGGGUUUUUCUUUUUUUUCAGUAUUCAACAUUAAUUCUGACAAUUUGGCUUUCAGGUCUUACCUCACAUACCAAGCUGGCCUUUGGAAGCAGUGAUAUUUUAGGCAUCUCUUUAGAACUGUACCAAUUCAGGAUACAUCCCUGCAAUGCAGCUUUUCCACAUUCUUCUUAGAACCCAGCAAAGCCUGUGGAAAUCAUGGACUGAUCUAUCUCCUGAAGGCAGAACUUUACUUUUUACAUCAGUACAAUGAUAUACAGAAUCUGAUUUUAAAACACUAUCAAAAUUGAAAACUUGCACUUCAGAAUUUUAAUUUACAACUUCCCAGCGACUAGUUUUUUUUUAAAAAGGCAUGGCAAGGCAUUUUGAAAAUAUUACUAGACUUCCUAAAUUAUAAAGUGGAGACAUCUGAAGUAUGAAAUGACUCCACCUGCCUCAUUGCUCUUACUAACCAGUCCAAAAUAAUAAUUAAAAGUAUUUGCUCUUGGCAUGAAUUUGCAUUGCAUUAACUUUUCCCACUCCUCCUCAGAAAAAACAUUAAAGGCAAGGCCUGAAGCCUGUGCUUUCACUGACUAAGUUAGGUUAAAUAUUUUGUAAAACAGAAAUUAUUUCGUGAGCAGGCUGCAUGUGAAGAGUGACUAUAUCCUCAAAUGCUCCCGUUCUUCUGCUUUUGCCCUCUUUUCUCUUCCUGCUGUUUUCCUGAAGUUACUCCCUUCAGCCAGCCCGUGAGGAAGGAGCAGCAGCUCUGUUCCUGUCCCAGGAGACAGCAAUGAGCCACCCCUGUCUCAGGGCAGCGCCCAGAAAUGUUGAAGGGUGUAGAGCACCUAAGAGACUUAACAAUGUUUUGGUUUGUUUCCCCUUUUCUGGCCAGGUUUCAUAAACACUUCAGGAUAGAUGGAUGGAUUCUCAUGAUGUAGCCAGACCUCCUGAGCUGUGCAUUGGAAGCAUCUCAAACCAUCAGCCAGGUUCACAUGAUACUCUUUUCUGUGCAGCCUGUGAACGCAGAGUUGAUGGUUUUGGGCAAUUCCUGUAGCCUGUUCCAGCUUGGACAGGGCUCUGCAAGCCCCCACCCUCAAGUCUCAGAGAAAAGCAAAGGGAGUGGGACAUUUAUUUCCCUUUUUAUCAGGUCAAGUAAAGUGCUGCAUUGGAGUGCUUCAGAGUUCUUUUCCAUUAUUUGGCUGAAUGCAAAAGCCCCCUCUUUAAAACUGUGAUGGGGAACAAGACUUGAAUUAAGAAACUGGACUCAGAUUUCUCAUGGGGCAUUUUCACAUUGCCCGUGGUCAGCUGAGUCUGCACUUACUGCCACAAGGAGAGCAGGCUGUGGGCACAGAACCACACACUUACCAAGACCAGCAGUUACAGGGACAGCAGUUUGUGAUGGACUUUCCCCUUGUCCUCGCUGCAUUACAUGUGAGUUUCAGCACAGGAAUGGGACUGGAGUAGGAGUCUGAUUUCAGGAGGGACUGAGUUUCAUGCUUCCUUGCAAGCCCAGAAAUAGGAGCUGCUCCCACAGGCGCUUCCUCCCUGUGUGAAUUACAGUGAGCAUCAUUCCAUGGAAAGCACCAGUGACAGUGGGAGCAGGCAGUCCAGCAUCUUCUCCCAGUGACAAGGCACAGCACUUGUGUUGGGAAAGCCUUGUCCUGUUAAUAGCAGUGUGUGAGCUCUGUGCCCCUCGCAGGGUUUUCUCCUUUGUGAAAGGCGUUGUUUGGCGCGUUGCGGGGUUCUGCUUGUUGCUGUGCAGGUGGCUUCUGUGGCUUCUGCUGGCCUGGCGGUCGCACAGGGAGCCGGGGCCCCUUGCUGCCUCCAUCUCUGCAGCUGCCACCCUCGUUACCAAGUUCCCUGCUGGGGACUCGGUCCCUUUCUCUCCUAGCUGGGCAGCUGAUAGUAAUUGCCAGCUGCCUACAGGACUUCUGCUAUGGGGCUGUAUACCAUCAGGCUCUGCAUAUCCAGCUUAACCACAGCAUAAGAUAGAACAGCACUGUCAGUAAAAUAAAAAAUUUAAUUGAAUUGCUGAUUGAAUUGCUAUUGUUUCUGUUUGCCCCUCCAUCUGUUUGUUUUUUUACAUUAUACUGGUCUUGAAAAGUGAAGAUAGAGAAGGUCAUGAAGUCAGAGUGUCUGUCUCAUGAAUAACCAAGAUCUGACUGCACUUACUCUAAGCUGAAGUUUAAAAUAAGAGUUCUUUGCAGCUAUAUAGGCGAACAGCUGUUUUAUUAUUUAAACAUUUUGUUUGGUUCAACCAUGUACAGGGUAGAGGCUUUCCGUGAUGCAGCAUCUGCCAUGGAACAAGAGAAAGAAAUUCUGCUUGAAAUGAUCCACAAUAUACAGAACAGCCAGGAUAUGAGGCACAUCAGUGAAGGUGAGAGAGAAGAACUCAAUUUGACCGCGAAUCGCCUGAUGGGCCGAACCCUCACGGUGGAGGUUUCCGUAGAAACCAUCCGCAACGCGCAGCAGCAGGAGUCCCUGCUGCACGCCACCAAGAUGAUCGAUGAGAUCGUCAACAAACUCCUCGACGAUUUGGAAGACGCCAAAAUGCGCCUCAUGUCGCUUUACGGUGCGUGCACGUCUGACGUGCCAGCAGGACCCAUCGAUCAGAAAUUCCAGUCCGUGGUCAUCGGAUGUGCCAUUGAGGAUCAGAAGAAAAUCAAAAGGCGCCUAGAGACUCUGCUCAGAAACUUGGAAAAUUCUGAAAAGUCCAUCACAUUGCUGGAGCAUCAGAAAUCAUCUGUCCGGCAGUCUUGCAACAGCAAACAGGAUUAACGUAUCCUCCCGGCUACUUCCGGCAAACCACAGGAUGAGCAAGUGCCCGUAAAAAGCACACAGAAGCCAAGACAAGAAUUCUCUGUACGAGCACACACGUAUAUACACAUCCACACCCACCAAAGUAUCUUUGAUUGCCAGGUGCAAGCAUUUAAUGGGUUUUAGUAGCAUUGGCAUUUUCUUUUGGCAGUAAGGAAUGCUAUCAGUUCUUCUGUAGAGUCGAUACUGCUCUAUUGCAAAUUGUAAUUGUGCUUCUGCUGAACUGACAGAAACUGAAAAACUAGCCUUUCCUCCAUUCUCCUGGGUUUUUUGAACUAAAGUUGUUUUGUCCUAUCAUGAGAUUUCAGCUUUUCUCUGCUGUAUACAUAGUGUGUGAACCAGACUUUUGGGGACAAAAGACAAAUUAUGGCAAUAAAUCAAAAGAAUUAAUAAACCGUUUAUGGUAUUUUCAUAAACAA